AUGGCGGCUCCUCCGCCGCGAGGACUCUCGCUCUAUGACAAUCUACACGAUCCCAACGAUCCCUCUCCAUCAGCCACCAUCUCCUCCGCGCCGGUGACCUACAAGCAAGGCGGAGCUGCAGCUGAUGAGCAAAUAGCGAAGAAGCCCAUCAAUCCCGCGCUUCAAUUUCAGCCCAUACGGCGCCCACAAGUAAAGCAGCCCAAAGCCAAGCCGACGUUCCCCAAAGCAAUCCCCAGGACUGCACCCACCACAGCCUCAGCUACCACUGCAACAGCUCCUGGAGCUGCGCAGUCAAUACCACAUCAGAGCACUCUUGCCGAUUGGGCGGCGACGGAAGAAGAUGAGUGGAUGUACGGCAUUGGGGAGAAGCGCCAACGCGGCGGUCGCAAAAAGAAGAAGAAGAGACAGGAGCAGUUCGAGACAGACUGGGACGAGAUGUACGAUCCAACGAGACCGACGAACGUGGACGAGUUUCUCAAAAGCGACGAAAAGGUAGAGGAGGUACGGGAGUGGAAAGGGUUGCUAUACCGGCACCGAAAGACCCAGGAAGAGAGCGACCUAUCAGACUCGGAAGAGGAGGCAACUCGGGCAGCACCUUCAAAUCAGUUUGCUCCGCCAGCUUCAUAUUCCUUUGCGCCGCCUCCAAGAUCCCCUCCAGCCGCUCCACCCCAAGAGGAGACGGCAGACGACGCCUAUGCCCGUCGUCUAGCCCUCUCAACAGCACAACCUCCUCCUCCACCUCAACCUUCCGAAUCAUCAUUACCUCCCCCUCCGCCUCCUCCUCCCCAAACGAAUCAAGACUCCUCUUAUGCUCCGCCGCCGCCAUCCACAGAAUCCUCUACAAUUUCCAAAGCUCCCGUCCGCUAUACCCAGACUCCACCCAAUAAUCCCGAGGGCGACGAAGACGAAGGCUACUCCCCACCACCCAGCUUCAGCCGCGCCGAAGAAGAUGACGCCCCCGAAGACGCCCAACAACAACGAGCCAACCGCCCCGGCCAAGCUGGCUUCGCACAACGCCUCAUGACCAAGUACGGCUGGACAAAGGGCUCCGCCCUCGGCGCCAACGAAUCGGGCAUCCUCAACCCGCUCCGCGUCCAAGUGGAAAAGCGACGCAAAAAGGCUGAUGCAGAUGGCGGCGGCUGGGCUGAGCCCGCCAACAAGGGCAAGAUCCUCGGCGGCAAGCGCAAGGAGGAGACGGGCAAGUUCGGCAUCAUGAGCGACGUCGUCGUGCUCCAGAACAUGCUGGAGAACAUGCCCGACCUCGAGGCCGAGAUCGCCGACGGCCUGGGCCAGGAAAUCGGUGGAGAGUGCGGUGAAAAGUAUGGGCGAGUCGAAAGACUGUACAUCGACGUGGACACUCGCCAAGUCUUUAUCAAAUUCACAGACCAAGUGUCUGCCUUGAGAGCAGUCAAUGAAUUGGACGGUCGUGUUUUUAAUGGCAACACCAUCAUCCCAAAGUUCUACGACACAGAGAGAUUUGAACAGGGCGUCUAC